UCGUCCAAAUAUCGAAAUCAAGCAUGUGUUGGAAAAGUGUUGGAGUUUGUAAAAAAAAAAUAUAUAUAUAUAAUUAUAUUAAUUAAAAAAUGCGAAAACUGAACGUUUUAAAGAGAUGACAAAUCUCACCGGAAAAGGAAACAACUCCAGUGUGGAUAUAUUUAAAGAUUGCAUCAAUUACAACGAUUUGUUUCUGAUAGUUGCAGUUGUGAUUUUGAUACUUGGAGUUGUUGGAAAUAUUGCAACAUUUUUCAAAAUAGUGCUUAACAAGCGUUUGCGAAGGCCAGUUCCGGUUUCAAUAGCAUGUCUCGCUAUUGCAGAUUUUUUGAGUUUAAGUAUGCAGUUUAUUCGGGUACCUCUAGCACAGUGUGAUAACUAUCCCAACAUAAGUGUGAAAGAAUAUCUUCUGAAUGGUACUCUAGCUGUGACCAAUUCUUCAGCCAUGCAUAUCAUUUUGAUGUCUGCCAUUCGUUACGGUCUAAUAGUUCAUCCCUUGAAGAUGAAAUGUCGUCUUACUACUAGAAAAGUCAUAGUGUGUUCUUGUGUUUCUUGGUUAAUCAGCCUCGUUUUGGGAAUCAUCUACGGAAUAUACAACCGGAAGUAUUACAAUCAGGAAGUUAAAGAGAAAACGGACGCCAUUCUUCAAUUGUCCAUAGCGCUGUAUUUUCUACUAAUUCCAAUAAUGUUUUUCUUGAUUUUCUACAUCAUGGAAUUGCGUGCAAUGAAAAGGUCUCUUCUACAACAAAGAAUAUUAAAAUCUAUUAAGAAUAUUUCAAGGAUGAUAACUGUGAUUUUAAUCCUUUAUGUCGUGUUUAUCUCCCCUUAUGUGAUUGCUGACAUAUUCCGUGUCCUGUACCAACAUCGGAUGUUCGGUGCUUUAGAAAGCAAUGACAUUUAUGACAAUGUCAUACUAAAAAUUUAUUCUGUAGCACAGAUAAUAAUUCUGUUGAAUUAUGCCGUGAAUCCUUUCAUUUACUUUCUCUACCGCAGAUUGCUUUUUCGGGUGAAAUCGUUGUCCACUAGGAGUCACAAAAUCAAACGUCGUCAUAGGUAUCGAAAUAACUUCGACUGCUGUCAUCAGAUGCCAGCAGAGGGCAACUCUAGUGAGAAGUUCGAUGGUCACAUGAUUCCGAAACCUACUGAUGUGGACUGCAGCGUGGUUGGGGACACAAAAACUUACCGAACCAGCAGUAAAGCUAGGAAGGCCACAUUUGAAGUGUUUCCACAGAAUCUCACAGCACGAACAGAUGAAGAAGGAAAUUUUGUUCUUGAAGAGCCCACUAGAGAGGCAAUUGACCAAAUGCAAAGAAAGUUAUACUGCAGCUCUCGGUAUAAAAGCAUUUACCCGGAAAUUGCAGGAACAGAGAAUCUCGGAAAUUCUCGUUCAGUGUGUGAAGCGAGAAAACCAAAACGGGUAAGGUUUGCUGAUGACAUAGGGUAUAAUCUAGAGGUCAAACCAACUCCACGGCAAGAUUACGAGGCAAUCAUCAAUCCUGAAAACUGGCCUCGAUUUGAAAACGAGGCCGACUGUUCUGGCCCUGAAGCCUUUUGCACGUAUUUUGGGAAUACCGAUAAUUCAAAGCCAGGAGUGUCUACCUAUGAAUAUCCAUACACCGUACCUAUUCCUCCAAAGAAUUUGCGUGAUGGAAGCACUAUGAAAGCCAGAGAUAUGGACAGAAAUCAAAACUAUCAUUUUCUGACUUCCGCCAUUUACAACUAUCAGUUGCCAUCAGCAUUACACAAUGAAGAUCUGUCAAAUGUAGAUUUAGAUUUCCCAACAAAUAAAGAAAAAGUAAAGAAAAUCUCUCAUCCAAUAAAAAAGCACGAGCGUCCUUUGAUUCCCACCAAACUCGUACCGGAAAUGAAAGCUGUAAAAGAGGAAAUGAAUAUGAUGGAAGCAAAAGUUCCGGGAAUUCCGAGAACAAUUCCUCUUUUCACUCGAAGUGAUCUUCCCUGCACCAUCAAUCAGUGGUUAGAUUCGGCAGCCUCAGAAAAGCUAACACUGAAAGGACAAUCUGAUCUACAGAAAAGGUACCACGAAAAUCACCAAGAGUCAAUUCCAGAUUUAAGGGACAACAAACGAUACAGCAAGAAAGUGUUCUUUGAUGGAUUCAACUCUUCGGCCUACAGGGGAUAAAACUCUGUAAGGAAUUGUGAACUCUUCAGUAUUUAGAUGGAGAAAAAGUCUUUAAGGACUCUAUGAGUAUAUUUAAAUAAAUAAUGCAUCAGCAUAGGCCUGUUUUAUUCUUAUGUCUUUG